CAGCUCCACUUUUCUCACUUCGAAACAUUAUUACAGUAAUUUCUAAGAACGAAAAACAUUUUCGAUUGUUAACAGAUGGAAAAAUAUGGCUUCAAGCAGUAAACUGGAUUAUCUAAAACGAUACAUGUCCAAAGAUGAUGCAGAUAAUUCAAGGAAGAAGAAAAAGAAGAAGCCUGUUCUCAAUCCCCAUGCAACAUCGGGGAUCACGAUUGUUGAUAAGGAUUUAGAUGUGGGUAAACGGUCUGUUUCGAAGUUCGAGGAUGAUCCGUACGGCGACUCUGCCCCGACCGUCGCUGAGAUCAUCGACGACACCAUUCCCGUUGGCAUGCAGGACAGCUCCAAGUGGAAAGCCAUAACUCGCACCACCUCCAGCCCGCCCCGCAGCCGCAUCAAAGAGGAGUCUCCGGAUCUCGAUCUACCCCGGCCGAGCGGUCGUUCGCGGCGGAGGCCUCUCAGCGACGACGAUUUGUCCCCCAUACGGGCUGCGUCGGAUCAACGCAGAAGGAGCGACCGUGACGAAGAUUUAUCCCCUGUUCGCCGUCGAGGACAGGAAUCCGCGCAUAUCGGUAGAGCAGACGAUGAUCUAUCGCCUGCACGCAGUCGACCCAGACACUCUGAUCACGAUUUGUCUCCAGUUCGACGAUCUGAAUUUGCUCCUUCAAGUAGCCGCCGUGAUGACGACCAUUCUCCUCCAAGACGAUCCGCGCCACUCAGUCACUCCUCCUCCAGAGAUCCUGUUGGCAUACCCGGCAAAACGUUGUCGGGUAGGACGGCGGGACUACAGAACGCCCGCACUUUGCGUGAAGAAACGGAUCGGAAGCGGCGCGAAGAGGAUGAUAUGUUUCGGCGGAUGGACGCGGAUAUUAGUGGGCGGGGCGCUGCGACGGUAUACCGUGAUCGCAAGACCGGCAAAAAGCGGGAUUUUGCCGCCGAGGACGAGGAGGCAGCCGAGAAAGCGGCUCGCCAGAAAGCACACGAGGAGAAAUUUCGUAAAUGGGGAAAGGGAUUGGCUCAGCAAGAAAAGCACGAUCAAGCUGUUCAAGAUGCAUUGCAUGAAAUGUCGAAACCGCUGGCACGAUAUGUGGAUGAUUCAGAUCGGGAUGCAUUUUUGAAAGCUCAAGACAGAGAAGGAGAUCCGAUGUUGGAAUACUUGAGCAAGAAGCGAAAUAAAACGCAAGGAGAUGCUGGAGAGCGACCGAAAUACAAAGGCGCUCCGCCGCCUCCGAAUAGAUUUGGGAUACCACCCGGUUAUCGGUGGGAUGGAGUAGACCGAUCCAACGGAUUUGAAAAAGAGCGCUUUAAACGAUCUUCCAAUAAGAUUGCUUCGGCUGCUGACGCAUACAAGUGGAGCACUGAGGAUAUGUGAUGUAUAAUUCUUUUCUUAUUAUUGAUUUGUAAGGCAUGUAACAGAACUCACACAACUGAAAUAGAAAAAGACACUGACAUUGUGAAUAAACGCUGACAAUAAUACAUCGGUCAAUAAUUGGAA